AAACCAAAAUUUUGAAUAAUUCAGAUAUAUAAUCAAUUUCGGUUUGAGUUUGGUACUAUUUUUUCGGAUCGAGAUUGGUUUGGUUCUUCAGAUUUGGGUAUUUUGCCUAACCCUUAUAUUAUUGACAUGAAAAACAAAUAUAAACAUAUUUUUGAAAAAUAUAUGCGCGCGGACCUUUGGUGUGAGUUAAAACUAUUUGUGCUCAACACCGUCACGACUCACGACCAAUCUCCCCCAAUGACUUCGUAGCUAUUUACACUUUUAUCGCCUUAAUCGCAUCUCUUUUGACAAGUCAUCACUCUUCACCUUUUCUUUUAUACAAAAGCAUUUAUUAUUUAGUUUUUUGUUGCACCACCCCAAAAUUAUUAAAAAGUCAAAUCUAUAUACGUUCCUUGUUGUUCUCUGAUAAGUCAUAACGAUAAAUAAUACUAAUAGAGACAGCUAUCAAAAAAGAGUUUACAAAUAUUUGUAUUUUCCGUGUUUUGACUUUGUAAUAAUUCUGAAUAGUUCUCCUAUCCUUCAUAUUUAAACCCAACCCUCCUUGUCUCUUCUUUCUAAACCAAUUCUCAUCUCUUAAAUCUCAACUACUGCAUUUUAAAGCAAAAGUUUCAUUUCUUGAGAUUCGAUUUAUUUCAUCAAGCUUUACUAUUUUUCAUAUUUUCUGGCUAGUCAAAAUGGAUCAAGAAAUAGAGAUUCCUUCUUUCUUUCUAUGUCCGAUCUCUCUAGAUAUCAUGAAGGAUCCGGUGAUAGUUUCAACCGGAAUAACCUACGACAGAAAUAGCAUCGAGAAAUGGCUCUUCACUGGUAAGGAAAACUCAUGUCCGGUCACCAAACAAGUCAUAACCGAGACCGAUCUCACACCAAACCACACUCUUCGUCGUCUGAUCCAAUCUUGGUGUAGUCUCAACGCAUCCCACGGCAUCGAGACAAUCCCAACCCCAAAACCUCCAAUCUCUAAAUCCGAGAUCGAAAGACUCAUCAAAGAUUCUUCAUCUUCACAUAAAAACCAAGUUAAAUGCCUCAAAAGACUUCGUCAAAUAGCAUCGGAGAAUAAUACGAACAAGAGAUGCUUAGAAGCCGCAGAAGUUCCAGAGUUCUUGGCAAAUAUCAUCAGCAACUUAGUAGGUACUUCAUCGAGUCUCAAUGAUAUGUCAAACAUGUUGGAGAAUAGGUUUGAUUCUUCAAGAAGCUUAAUGGAUGAAGCUUUAAGUUUACUCUAUCAUCUCAACGCAUCAGAGACAGCCCGCAAGAGUCUUUUAAACAACAAGAAGGGAACAAAUCUUGUGAAAACGUUGACUAAGAUUAUGCAACGUGGGAUCUACGAGUCAAGAGCCUAUGCAACUUUGCUUCUCAAGAAGAUUCUCGAAGUUGCGGAUCCAAUGCAAAUCAUAUUGUUGGAACGUGAGCUUUUCACUGAGGUGGUUCAGAUCUUGCAUGACCAGAUCUCUCACAAGGCAACGAAGUCAGCAAUGCAGAUCUUGAUGAUUACAUGUCCAUGGGGAAGGAAUAGACAUAAAGCUGUGGAAGCUGGAGCGGCCUCCAUGAUAAUCGAGCUUCUUCUGGAUGAAAGUUUCUCAUCAGAGAGAAGGAAUGUAGAGAUGGCGAUGGUGGUUCUUGAUGUGUUAUGUCAGUGUGCAGAAGGAAGAGCUGAGUUCUUGAAUCAUGGUGCGGCUAUUGCGGUCGUGUCUAAGAAGAUAUUGAGGGUCUCUCAGAUAACUAGCGAAAGGGCGGUUAGGGUUUUGCUUUCUGUUGGGAGGUUUUGUGCGACGCCAUGUUUGUUACAAGAGAUGUUGCAACUGGGAGUUGUAGCGAAGCUGUGUCUGGUGCUUCAAGCGAGUUGCGGAAACAAGACUAAAGAAAAGGCAAAGGAGUUACUUAAGCUUCACGCUAGGGUUUGGAGGGAAUCACCUUGUGUCCCAAGAAAUUUAUAUGCUUCGUAUCCUGCUUGAACAGCAUAUUUAUUAAUUCUCAUCCGAUACAUACAAUUCUAUGACAGUUAUUCUUCGGAUAAGUUCAUUAAGAAAAGAAGAAAAUUGGAGUGGUUUUAUUUAGCUCAAAUUCAGUUUUUCUUCUGCUUUUGUUAUAUUCCCUCCGUUUCAAAUUAAAUGUCGUUUUAGAGCAAAAUUUUCGUUUCAAAAUUUGUGUCGUUUUAUGAUUUCAAUGCAAAAUUUAUUAACUUUUUAUUUUAAUCUAUUUUUCUAUUGGUUGAAAUCAGGUUAGGUGUAUUGGUAAUGAUGUUUUUAUUUAGUAAAUAAAUAAACUUAAAUAUUUUAUUAA